CUUUGCUCUGUUUUAAACUCUGUGUGGAAGAUGUGUUCAUUGAUACAACCCACACAGACAUACAGCUCUGGUAUCAGUCACAGGUCAGACCCUCUGCUCCUCCUGCCAUCUUUUGAUCUGCAGCCUCCACAGCCGACCACCCAACACUAAACUACAAGGACCCUUUAUGUGGACAUCAUGGAGUUUGAGCGAAUUGGGAAGGGGGAUGAUGAUGAAGAUGAUGAAGAUGAUGAAGAUAAUGCAGCUAUGCAGUAUGUGAUUGAACAGAGUCUGCUGGAGAGCAACAGACAGAAAGAAGCCCAACAAGACUCCACAACUAAAGUUGACAGGAGUUCUGGGCCUGAGUCUGCAGACAGCAGCACGAUCUUCACUGCUAUAAGAGAAGGUAACGAGAAGCUCUUGAAGGAUCUGUGUGUCCGACAGAGAGACAAGUUUUCUCAGGCAGACAGCAGAGGUUGGACUCCUCUCCACGAAGCGGCAGCUCAGACCAACCAAACCCUCCUGGAGCUCACAUUCAAAGUUUCAGGCCGAGCCUCUGUGAAGAGUCGUACUCUUCAGGGUCAGACUCCUCUCUUCCUGGCAGUAGAACGAGGUCUGAUAGCAAACGCCUCCAUCCUCCUCCAACAUGGAGCUCUGCCGGACAGCCAGGACAAGGACAAGGACUCACCGCUGUUUGUAGCCAUCCGUUCAGAACGCACUGACCUAGUGAAGCUGCUGCUCCAGUGGGGCGCCAUGGUGAACCAGUCGGGCAGCCAUGGUCGCCGACCCCUCCACGAGGCCGCACGGCGGGGCAAAAUUGAGCUGGUGAACCUGCUGCUGUUGGCUGGAGCACAUCCAGACCCUCGCAGCCACUACAGCCUCACACCGCUGGCACUGGCCGCUCAGGGAGGACACCUGGAGGUGGUGGAGACUCUCCUGAGGAAAAGGGCCAACGUCCUGUCCCAGGCGGAGGAUAAGGCAUCCGUAUUGUUCGAGGCGUCUGCGUCUGGAGAUCCAUCUGUCAUCAGUCUCUUGCUGGAAUAUGGCGCCGACCCGAACGUGCCCAGACUCACAGGACACAUGCCAAUCCACCGCGUGGCACACCGAGGACACCUGCAAGCUCUGAAGCUGCUGAUUCCUGUGACUUCUGUAGGAGAAGUAAACAACAGUGGGAUGAGUCCUUUACACUCUGCUGCUGCAGGAGGACAUGCAGACUGUCUCAAGGAAUUGCUGGAUGCAGGUUAUGACCCCAACUACAUGCUCCAUCCCGGGGUUCGCCGUAGCUAUGACGACGAGAGGAAGUCGGCACUCUUCUUCGCCGUCUGCAAUAACGACAUACCGUCAGCCAAACUGCUGCUGGAGAACGGGGCCAUGGCCAACCAAGACCCAAUCAAAUGUCUGCAGGUUGCUCUGCGUUUGGGCAACUAUGAGUUGAUCAACCUGUUGCUGAGGUUCGGAGCCAACGUCAACUAUUACUGCAGAGUGAACACAACACACUUCCCCUCAGCGCUGCAAUACGCUCUCAAAGACGAGGUGGUUCUCAGGAUGCUGUGUAGCUAUGGUUACGAUGUGGGGCGAUGCUUUGACUGUCCCUAUGGCAACAGCUCCCACAUCCCUGAAGGCUACGAGGGAUGGGCUAACACUGUGAUUAAAGACACCUUGUUCUGUGAGGUGAUCGUUGUCUACUGGCUGAAGCACCUCUCAGGUCAGGUGGUUCGCAUCCUGCUGGACUACGUGGAUCAUGUGUCCUUCUGCUCCCAGCUGAAGGUGGUUUUGAUGGAGCAGCCGGAGUGGCCCGACAUCUGCAAGCUGCAAGAGAAUCCUCGCUGUCUGCAGCAUCUCUGUCGUCUGAGCAUCCGUCGUUGUCUCGGUCGCCCUCGUCUCCGGUCGCCCACCUUCAUGAGCUUCCUGCCGUUGCCGGGGCGACUGAAGGACUACGUCCUGUACCAGGAGUACGACCUGUACGGCCGGCAGAGCAACACACAGGGGCGACAGUGAGGAGACAAGAGACACACUUCAAAUAAAGUAGUUGAAUGAGAACAUGUAGUUUCAGAAUCACUCUUUACUUUUAUUUUCCACAUCAUACAUCUAUUUAACUGUAAGAGCCAACGGAUUGCAGACAUUUUUUUAUUUUAUCUUAUUGUAUUUUUCUAUUAAAAACUCAUUUCCCCUCCUGAAA